AGAAGAAGAGAAGACUACAUUGCUCAGAUCAGAGACACCAAUAUUGAGAGAGAGAGGGGGAGAGAGCCAUGGCAGCUCGAAAGCGAGCUUCAAAAGACUCGUCCGCACAAACCAAACCAAACGAUACCACCACACGACCCAAACCCCAAGAACCUCCAUUAACAGACCCGCCAAUUGCACCCCCAAAGUCAGGUGUAAUUCUCAAGCUCACGCUCUUCUUCUCAGUCCCAUACUUUUAUCUCAUCUUCUAUCACUACAAGAUCGAAUAUGAGCUUCGAAAAUCGAUUCUCAUCAAUGCGGCUCUCAGCCUUGCCGGGUUCUUCGUUACCGUUAAGAUGAUCCCCGUGGCUUCCAGAUACGUUCUCAGGCGCAACCUCUUUGGUUAUGACAUUAACAAAAAGGGUACCCCGCAGGGCACUGUCAAAGUGCCUGAGUCAUUGGGUAUUGUUGUUGGAAUUGUUUUCUUGGUCUUGGGAAUCUUAUUCCAGUAUUUCAACUUCACUGCAGAUUCAAAUUGGCUAGUCGAGUACAAUGCAGCAUUAGCAUCCAUAUGCUUUAUGGUAUUGCUUGGAUUUGUAGAUGAUGUUCUUGAUAUACCUUGGAGGGUGAAACUGCUACUGCCAUCCUUUGCAGCUCUACCUCUGCUGAUGGCCUAUGCUGGACAUACAACUAUCAUCAUACCAAAGCCUCUUAUUCCAUAUGUUGGGCUAGAGGUUUUGGAUCUAGGAUGGAUGUACAAGCUAUACAUGGGACUUUUGGCGGUUUUCUGUACAAACUCCAUCAACAUUCAUGCUGGCUUGAAUGGUCUUGAAGUUGGGCAGACAGUCAUCAUUGCAUCUGCUAUUUUAAUACACAAUAUCAUGCAAAUUGGAGCAUCUGCAGAUUCUGAGUAUAAGAUGGCACAUGCAUUCUCUCUAUAUCUUGUCCAACCCUUAUUAGCCACCUCAUUGGCGUUGUUCUCUUACAACUGGUAUCCUUCUUCAGCUUUUGUUGGAGAUACAUACACAUACUUUGCUGGGAUGACGAUGGCUGUAGCUGGGAUUUUAGGCCAUUUUAGUGAAACACUUCUGAUUUUCUUUGUCCCUCAAGUAUUGAACUUUCUCUUGUCACUGCCCCAGCUUGCUGGCAUUGUUCCGUGUCCACGGCAUCGUCUUCCUAAGUUUGAUCCUGGCACUGGACUGCUGACUGGGACAAAUGAUGGGACACUUGUAAACUUUUUUCUAAGACGAUUUGGCAGGAUGACGGAGAAGUCACUUUGCAUCUAUCUUCUAGUUUUCCAGGCCAUCGCUUGCUGCUUCUGUUUCGUGCUGAGAUUUUUCCUUGCUGGCUGGUACAAGUGAUGUGGAAGGGACGCAAUACUUUUGGCUAAUUUAUUAACAUUCAUGGACUAUCCACGCACAUUUCUUUUCUGGUGGAGGAAGCAUGUUGUACUGUAUUAUUUCCUGUAAACGGGUCAAAGCCAGGGAUGCUAGAGUACAUCUUUUAGUUAAAAUGCAAAUGAGUGAUUUGAAGUUUUGACA